CCAGAGGGUCUGAGGCGAAGUAGUGGUUACACGGAUACUCAGGGCGGAUAAAGGUUUAAAUAGCGCAGUGCCGGGCGCUCGGGACUUUUUCUCACAGGUGAGGGGAGUGUAACGAGGAGGAAGUGUUGUCUGUGUGGAGUCUACAAAUGGGCUCCUCUGACUGAAUUCUCUUUUAUACGCACUGAGGGAAGAAUGAGCCUUCAAAUCAUAAACGAUGAAAAUGCAGGAAAUGAUAUAACUGCAGAGAAGUUUGACUUGCUGUUAAAUCCUCAGACUACUGGGAGACCCUCUAUUCUCCGGCCCUCGCAGAAAGACAAUCUGCCACCAAAACCUGCUCUUAAAAGCACAAAGGUGACGUUUCAGACACCAAUGCGAGACCCACAGACUCUCAGAAUUAUGACGCCCAGUGUUGCAAACAAGCCAGAGAAUGUGUUUUUAUUGGAGGAUUGUACCCAAGCACUGGAACAGCUGCACUUGUCUCUACCCAGUAGCUGUGGACCAAAUCCAGUAGAAAUUAAUGUAUCAGUUUCCAAUAACCAACCUGAUUCAGAGGAAUUACCUGUGAGGACUACAGGAGCAUAUAGCAUCGAUUUUGACAACUUUGAUGACAUCAACCCAUUUAAGAGUAAAACUCAAAUGCUAAAUUCCCCCAUAAAAGCUGAUCUUCCAAGCCUUACAGAAAACAUAGAAACAACCACUCCUGUAGUUCCAGCGGAUGAAGCUUCCAAACAAAUGGUGUCUUUAAAUUUAUCUGCAGCAAAUCUGGAUUCCCCCGUUACAGUUCAGUUCUCUUCUGAAAGCGGCUCCAUAGGUGUUUCAGAAAAAACUGCACUGGAUGACACCCUUCCUCUGUCAGAAUCAGGCAUUAAAGAUUUACAGGGGUUGAAUGCAUCAUCCAAUAACAUAGAAGAGCCUGUACCAUUGGAUAAGGACAUAUGUUCCAAUAAUGAAAAGGAUGAUGCCACCAUGGCUGAUUCCACAUGUGAAGGAACUUCUGAUGCACAUACAUCAUCCAAUAACAUAGAAGAGCCGGUAACAUUGGAUAAGGACAUAUGUUCCAGUAAUGAAAAGGAUAAUGCAGCCGUGGCGGAUUCCACAUGUGAAGGAACUUCUGAUGCACAAAGCCCUCUUCCUAUUCCAAAAUCCUCAUACAGUUUUGACCCUGAUCAGUUUGACAUGAUGAAUCCUUUUAAAACUGGAGGUUCCAAGCUUCAGAACUCACCAGCAGGAAAAAAGCAAACUCCUCCAUCAGCAGAUCUAAAUACAGCUAAAACUGAACCGGUAAAACUUGAGUUCAACUUUGGUGACGGCGACGUUUCCGAAAGAAAACCUCCCCCCAAAAAACUUGGAAAGAGACCACUCCUUAAAACAGCUGCCAAGAAGCCAUCUCCGAAACCAGAAAUUGCAUCAGAAAAACAGGAACAGCAGACUGCAAAGCCAUCAGAAGAUGAAGCCAUUGUUCCAAAGGCUUCCUAUAAGUUCGACUGGGAGAAGUUUGAUGAUCCAAAUUUUAAUCCAUUUGGAUGUGGUGGUUCAAAGAUCUCCAGCUCUCCUAAGGGCCAGAAGAUAGCCAAUGAACAGCCAAGUGCUUGCACCCAGGGUAGUAAACCAGAAGCAGAAUGCACUGCAUCUGACAUGGCACCAGCUGAGAAUGCUGAUGAGAAGGACCAUGGAGAAAUAGAACCUUCCCAGGAUUCUGGUGCUGCUGAAGAUCGAUCACAAGCGGAAGAUCAAUCGGUGGCUUUAAGUAAAGUUGAAGUACCACAUGAGCAAACUACCGAUUGUUCCCCUGUGGAAAAUGAGACACAACCAGAAGUUUCUUUGAUCAAUGAAGAACCUUCCCAGAAAGAAGUGGAGCACACAAGUUCAGAUAUGACACCACCAGAAAUAAAUGGAACCGAUUCAGAGUUUAAAUUAGCCACAGAAGCAGACUUUUUAUUAGCUGCAGAUAUGGACUUUAAACCAGCUUCAGAAAUUUUCUCUGAAGGAUUUCGUCAGCCAGUUGAAAUCGACUAUCUAGAGAAUUUUGGCACUAAUUCGUUUAAGGAGUCGGUGCUCAGAAAGCAGUCUCUCUAUCUGAAAUUCGAUCCCUUGUUGAGGGAAUCUCCAAAGAAAAGUGCUGCAGGCAUCAACUUGCUUCCCAGCGUUCCCCUGAAAUGCAGUUCGGACCUUUUCGGGGCAAUACCAGAGGCCAAUUUCCCUCUAAUCCCAUCUAUUGAAAAUGAGGAAAAACCUAAAGGACUGGACCUUCUGGGGACUUUCACAGUUGCGGACACUGCUCUUCUAAUUGUUGAUGCUCCAAGCAGUGUGGCUGUUCCCAAUCCUUUCCUUUCAACUUCUGAUGCCAUCGUUGAGAUGCUGAAGUACAGCCAGAAAGAUAUGGAUGCAGCAAUUGAAGCAGUGCGGUUAGAGGUUCAAGAAAAGGAUUUAGAAGUACUGGAAUGGAAGACCAAACAUGAAAAGCUUUAUCUUGAAUAUGUUGAAAUGGGGAAAAUAAUUGCAGAGUUUGAAGGCACCAUCACACAAAUUCUAGAGGACUCGCAAAGGCAGAAAGAAACUGCCAAACUAGAACUAAAUAAAGUGUUGCAAGAAAAGCAGCAAGUGCAGGUGGAUCUAAACUCUAUGGAAACUUCCUUCUCUGAGCUCUUUAAGCGAUUGGAGAAACAGAAGGAGGCGCUAGAAGGCUACCGUAAGAAUGAGGAGGCACUGAAAAAAUGUGUAGAGGACUAUCUGGUAAGGAUUAAAAAGGAAGAGCAGCGCUACCAAGCCCUGAAGGCACAUGCAGAGGAGAAACUCAAUAGAGCCAAUGAGGAGAUUGCUCAUGUCAGGAGUAAAGCCAAGUCUGAAGCGACAGCUCUGCAGGCAACGCUACGCAAAGAGCAAAUGAAGAUUCAGUCCCUGGAGCGCAGCCUUGAGCAAAAGAGUAAAGAAAACGAUGAGCUCACCAAGAUAUGCGAUGAUCUUAUUUUAAAGAUGGAGAAGAUCUGACCCACUGAGGUGGAACUUUGUAUAUGUUCGUCUGUCUGUCUGUCUAGUUAUGUAUGUUCAGCACUAAAUAAGUAAGGUUUAACUUAUGGAAAACAGUGUAGGUUUUAACAAAUAAAAUGACAUUAUAACGUUAAA